CUUGAAGGAAAGCUCAUUGACCUCUGAAACCCUAAUUCGUCGAUUUUGAGCUUAGGCUUCAAAAAUGGCGGAUUCUCCUCGCAAAAGGUAUUCACGUUCCCCUUCUUCAUGGAGAGCUCAGUCUCAUUCCAGGUCCAGGUCCAGGUCUAUGUCUAUGUCCAGGCCUAGGUCAAGAUCAAGAUCCUGGUCUAGGCCGAGGCACAGGUCUCGUUCUAGAAGUCGUGGCAGGUCAAGAUCCAGAAGUCCUGGAAGGGAUGCUGUUGGGAAUCCUGGAAAUACACUCUAUGUGACUGGUCUAUCUCAAAGGGCCUCAGAGAAGGACGUUGAAAGGCACUUUUCAAAGGAGGGAAAGGUAGCUUCAUGUUUUCUUGUUGUUGAACCUCGUUCACGCAUCUCCCGUGGUUUUGCCUUCGUUACAAUGGAUUCAAAUGAAGAUGCAGAGCGGUGCAUUAAACAUCUUAACCAGUCAGUUCUGGAAGGCCGAUACAUAACUGUGGAAAGGUCCCGGAGGAAGCGACCAAGGACUCCAACACCUGGGCAUUAUCUCGGAUUGAAGAACACUAGGGACUCUGACCGUGGCCGCGACCGUGACCGUGACCGUGAUCGUGGGAGGUACCGGGGGGGCUCAGGUCGAGAUGACUAUGGAUACAGGAGGUCUCCUAGACGCUCCCCCUACAGAGGCAGUCGUGAUUAUUCCCCUAGGCGCUCUCCUUAUGGCGGUGGAAGAUCAAGAAGGGAGAGGUCUUAUUCACCCUAUGGCAGUCCAGAAAGGAAGUACAGCCGUAGAUGAAGGUUAUAACCUCAUAGGUUUAGGUAUCUCCUAUUUGAGUAAUGUUAAAACUUGGGAGUCAUAUUUGCGGACUUGUAAUGAUCUAUGAUAUGGAGUCGGAUUUUCUUC